GGAAGCCAGAACUUACUUUUACAUGGUGAUUUGCUCACUUAACAGUAUGGACACUUUUCCCACCACAUUUCCUCCUGGUGGAGACAGUGGGCUGACAUAUUCUCAGUCUGAGGUGCAAAAAAUGUUAAUUGAUGAAAGGUUACGAUGUGAACAUCAUAAAACUAACUAUCAGACUCUUAAAGCCGAACACACAAGGUUGCAAGAUGAGUACAUAAAGUCACAAAAUGAACUCAAGCGCCUAUUAAAUGAAAAGCAAACUCACCAGGAAAAAUUUCAGCUGCUGCUUGAAGAGCUACGAGGGGAAUUAGUAGAGAAAACUAAAGACUUAGAAGAAAUGAAACUGCAGGUGUUAACUCCACAAAAGUUGGAACUGUUACGAGCCCAGAUACAACAAGAAUUAGAAACUCCAAUGAGGGAACGUUUUAGGAAUCUGGAUGAAGAAGUGGAAAAGUAUAGAACAGAAUAUAAUAAACUCCGCUAUGAACAUACAUUUCUUAAAUCAGAAUUUGAACACCAGAAAGAAGAAUUUGCACGUCUUCUACAAGAAGAAAAAAUAAAAUGUGAAUCAGAGAUUGCAGGACUGGAGAAAGAUAAAGAAGAACUACAUAAUCAACUGCUUAGUGUUGAUCCCACAAGAGACAGCAAACGAAUGGAACAACUUGUUCGAGAAAAAGUCCAUUUAUGUCAGAAAGUAAAAGGCUUAGAGGCUGAGGUAGCUGAAUUAAGGGCUGAAAAAGAAAAUUCUGGUGCUCAGGUAGAAAAUGUCCAAAGAAUCCAGGUACGGCAGUUGGCUGAGACGCAGGCUACAGUCAGAUCCCUGGAGGCUGAAAAACAGUCAGCUAAACUACAGGCUGAACGCUUGGAAAAAGAGCUACAAUCAAUCAAUGAACAAAAUACUGUUUUAAUUAGUAAAUUGCAUAAAGCUGAACGGGAAAUAAAUACAUUGACCAGUAAAGUAAAAGAACUUAAACAUUCAAACAAACUAGAAAUAACAGACAUCAAACUGGAGGCAGCAAGAGCUAAGAGUGAGCUAGAAAGAGAAAGGAAUAAGAUUCAAAGUGAACUAAAUGGGUUACAGUCAGACAAUGAAAUUCUCAAGUCAGCUGUUGAACACCACAAAGCACUCCUAGUAGAAAAGGAUCGUGAAUUAAUACGUAAAGUACAAGCUGCCAAGGAAGAAGGUUAUCAAAAACUCGUGAUAUUACAAGAUGAAAAGCUAGAGCUUGAGAACAGAUUAGCGGAUUUAGAAAAAAUGAAAGUGGAACAUGAUGUCUGCAGACAAUCUGAAAAGGAUCAGUGUGAAGAGAAAUUGCGAGCUUCACAGAUGGCAGAAGAGUCGGCCAGAAGGGAACUUCAGAGUAUUAGGUUAAAACUUCAGCAACAAAUUGUGAAUAUUGAAAAUGCAGAGAAAGAAAAAAAUGAAAAUGCUGACCUGAAACAGCAAAUCAGUAGUUUGCAGAUCCAAGUGACCUCACUUGGACAGUCCGAGAAUGAGUUGCUGAAUUCAAACCAAAUACUGAAGGAAAUGGUAGAGAGGUUAAAACAGGAAUGCCGAAAUUUAAGAAGCCAAGCUGAGAAAGCACAACUAGAAGUUGAAAGGACUUUGGAAGAGAAACAGAUACAGUGGUUGGAAGAAAAGCAUAAAUUUCAGGAACGUCUCACUGACAGAGAAGAAAAGUAUAAUCAAGCUAAAGAAAAACUGCAGCGAGCUGCAAUUGCCCAGAAAAAGAGAAAAUCCCUUCAUGAAAACAAAUUGAAGAGACUGCAGGAGAAAGUAGAAAUCUUAGAGGCAAAGAGAGAAGAAUUAGAAACAGAAAACCAGGUGUUAAAUAGACAAAAUGUUCCAUUUGAAGAAUAUACAAGGCUUCAAAAAAGACUAAAGGACAUACAGAGAAGACAUAAUGAAUUUCGAAGUUUAAUUUUGGUUCCUAACAUACCUCCAACAGCAUCCAUCAAUCCUUUUAGUGUUCAGUCAUCAGCCAUGGUUCCAGGCAUGGACUUGUCGUUUCCUCCUCAUAUGCAGGAGGAACAGCAUCAAAGGGAACUCUCUCUACUUCGCAAAAGACUAGAAGAACUAGAAACAACACAAAGGAAGCAACUAGAGGAACUUGGAUCUCCUGGGGAAUGA